AGACUACUGAGCUAACACUAUGGAUUCUGUAGCUUUAAUCGAUAGUUCAGUUAAACUGUUCGUGAAUAGAGACCCAAUGGAAAAAAAGCAAAUGAGAGAAACUGAUCUCCACCGCGAUCUGCUCGACGUUAAAGCAAAGUUGGAGGCACUUGCGAAUUCUACGUUAUUAUCAAGUUCUACAUUUUACAGAGAAGGAAUCCGUCGCCUUCUUAAACUCAAGAAAAAUUCUAAUGAAGGCGACAGGGAAAGUGCUGACAGACAAACAGAAGUCCGCUCGACAACCAUGUAUCAGGUCUGCAAAGACUUGAGACUACAUUGUUUAGACGAUUCAGACAAAAGAGCACUGGCGGCUGCAAAGGAUGAUUUCAAACAAGCCCGUAUCAAGGCUGUAGAAGCUUUCAGCAAUGAAGGCCUUGAAAUAUUGGAUCGCAUCCAAGCAAUGGUUAUUCGUGUCGCGUCGACCAUGCUAGAGAACGUUGACCAUCCCGAGGAUGCGUUGAAUGUGUGUAUUGGCUGUCUUGAAGACCUUCACGGUCUCAAGUAUGUGAGGGAAACUUUUAAUCAAGUUGUUUAUAAAGGCCUUAACAAAGUUUCUUUUAAAAGGGGGGUUCAAAGGCAAGUAAUUGCUUCCGUCUGUCGAAUAAAUCAUUUUAUUCGCAAUGCUGCACUGGCGAUCGCCAAGGAAGGGGAAUUGUUGGUUUUUCCCUUGAUUGAAGUGGAAAACGAAAAAAUAGAUCCAUUGUCCGACUCCCGAGUGGCUAAGGAAGUGCCGCACGUUUCCCUAACGCCAUCGACCCUUAAUGAAGAAGAUAAAAAGAAUAAACCGAGCAUACCACAAGGCAUUGCUGUUAAUUCUCAGGGACACUGUAUGGUUGGAGACGAAUGGGAUCUAACCGUUAAAGAAUAUGAUGCGAAUGGCUUGUUUGUUCGUAAACUUUCCUUAACGCACUGGCAAAAAGAUUCGGUUGCAAGCAUUGUGGAUGUUGCUACUGAUACCAAAGAUAAUGUGUAUGUAUUGUUUGAACUGGGAGAAAACUCAACAACUGCGCACUUCAAGAUUUUUGUGUUUGAUAAAGGAAGCUCACACACGAGACGCGACAUAUUAUUGAAAGAAAAAACAGCCGAAGUUUCUAGAAUGUCAAUAAACAAUAACAAUGAAAUCUUCAUAUUGGCAAAGAGUUCUUCAGGGAUUGCCGUUGAUGUCUAUGAUUCGUCGGAUGGCCAUUUUAAGACUAGUUUCGGGGAAAAAAUAUUAAACUCAGGAGCUGAAGACAUUUGUGCAACCAACGACGGAAGAGUGAUUGUUUUAGAUAAAGAUGAUAAAUGGGCUUUAUCAGCUCAUAUGUUUCGUUCAGACGGACAUUACAUUGACGAUCUCUUAAAGUCAGCAGAGAAAAAGAGAAAGCGCGUGUCCAUCGUCACUAAACACGAGUUAAGGUCCUCCAUAGCCUGUCAUCAAGUGAGCAAUAAUUUAGUAAUAGCUCUUCCAAGUCAACCUUGUGACAAAGGAAAAGAGUGGAAUCCCGUGCGAAUCCUGCGAUACGACAUGAGCGAUGGAGGGCUGCUCCCCAGCAUCUUCCUACAUGAUGUAAAAGGUUUUGUUUCUAUUCGAGGCGUUGCAGUUACUCUUCAAGGACGCAUCGCCGUAGGUUUACUUGACAAAGACGGAGGUGAUAGUAAGAUAUUCGUCGUAUAAAUGUUUGAACUUACUAUGAUUUUGCAGGAGUAGCCUGUUCCAUGCUUCAGAUAGUAAGGAUGACGCGUAACGCGUAAUAGUCAAAAAGGGCGAAAAUAUGAGCGCGUGAUCCUUUCUCUCCCCAGUUUCCUCCCGUUUUGUUUUCAUGUUCGCCUUUCUCAAUUUCGCGAACCCGACUAUCUCGGCGCCUGAAACAGGCUAACACAGAGCGUACUCAGGUGUAAUGUCUCGUUAGAAACGCUAAUGUCCAGAAACUACAGCUUGAAAUAUACAACUGACUAUAAGUUGUAGUUAUUUCUAUCUGACAAGUGAUUCAUGAACACUAUAAAUCUGCGCAAUGAUUAAAACAUAAGACAAUAUAGAAAUGUUGCAGAAUGUUGUUAAAUCCCGACAAAACUAGGAGUUUCAAUUUGAAAGUAAGUGCUGGCGUCAGAGCUGGAGGACAAUGCGGAGAAUACAGUUUGAAAAUAAAUAAUGAAGAAAAUGACAAUUAACCCCGGGAAUUAGGGUUGGUGAGCCUUUUUAAAAGAAAAAUAUGUUGUUUCUCAGUAUUUGUGAUGUAUAAAAUGGGCAAGCCCUUCGAGAAAAUUUAUAGCAUGCAUAACACGCGCUUUAUGAGCCAAGCGAGAAGCUCUCCUCCCCUCGUCUCCCGCUUUGUGCGAAAUGCCGCUUUCGUCUCGCUUGACUCAUGAGGCGCAUGUUAUGCAGGCUAGUAAAUUUCCAGAGUGCAAGCAGAUGAUAAACGAGGCCUG